CUUUUUCAAAAACGGAUUCGGAAUCCCCAUUUCUAUGAUAACGACACAGGAGAAGAUUGAGCUUUUUCCUUCUUUUACCUUGUCGUCCCCCAUUUAUUAAAUAACAUGUAUGCACAGAAUGAAUAUUGAUGCUAUGCGUUGGAUCCCUAGAAAAGACUGAAAAAUGGGCAAGUUGAAAGGUGGUAAUGAUGAAAGCGAGCGACAUGGAGCAAGGGCGAACAAGCGAUAGCUGAGGUUCAAUUUGGACGGUCUGUAUCCCUCACUCGGGUUCGACUUUUUAGAGUUUGCAGAGACAAAAGUGAUGCGACCCCAAUUUGACUUUUUAUUUUUUUUCUCACUUUCACUUUUUCACUUUUUCACACUCUCGGUACUUUUCUUUUUUCUUUUGUUGCUUCCAAGGGUUUUUUUUGACUCGUGCAUCAUUUGAAGAACCCCUUAUUUUCUCGACUUGACUACCUUUUGGAUGACGCUCACCAACCUGCCGGACUCGAUCCUGAUCAGAUUGAUUGGACUUCUUUCAUUCAAAGAUAUACUGACGCUCGGACAGGUUGACCCAGCUCUUCGGACCUUUGUUUUCGGGCACCCAGAGAUCUGGUCGAGUGAGGUCCUUUUCCCUCCCGGGGAUAAGUCGAUUACUGAUACCUUUAUCAAGCGCACGGUGCCGCAGAUUACUCGACACUACGGAAUCCAGGAACUGCGGAUGGUGGACUUGCCGCUCACUUGGCAAGGCUAUUUCUGGAUCUUUGAUCAGUUUGCACAUUCGGUCGACACGAUCCAGAUCCGCGCCCCCGUCAAAGUAUUGUCAGAACUCACCUUCCAUCUUUGUAUUUUCGCCGGGAACCUGGCCAUGCUGCAACACACCAAUCGUAUUCCCAUCACCUUCCGACAAUACGCCGUGGACCCCACGGAACAUACCCAGGCCCUGGAAGCCACUAAUUAUUUAGGUCAUCAAUCACUCCAUAAACUGCAGACUUCGCUACCUUUGCUCACUCUGGACGAUCCGCCCUUUGAACGUCUGAGCAGAUUCGAUCUCACAAGCAUCGACGAUACCGACAAUUAUGGCUCUUCCACCAUUCAAAACGUAUAUUCACUUGCUUCAUUUCUUGCAGGGCAGUCAUUAACUUCUCCUCAUGUCCUUUGGCCGCGUAAACGCAUGCGCGAAGACAAUGCGCCGCUAUCACCUGUGGCCAAGCAUCUGCAUCUCGAUGAGUCUGCAAGUCCACUUCACUCUUAUCGUUCCUAUGAAACGCCCGCUUCUUCAUCGUGAUGGCAAACAACCACCGAUGUAGCAUAAUGAUGACCCCAAGAGAACCAAAAGAAAAAAGAAGAAGGAACAAAAAAAUAAAAUACUAAAAAAUGUAAAAAGGCCUGGAUAAGACCAGUCUCAUUUGGGAAUUUGAUGAGAAUUUUACCAAUUUACCAUUUUAACAAGUCGUACACCCGCUGUGCAAUGGAUGCCACCUGCUACUGGAGGUCACUCCCUUACAUUGAUUGACAUUC